AAAGCUUAGAUUACCUGCCAAGGCGAGCGCGGAGUAUCAUGACGUUUAUUAAGGACUAAUACACCAAGCACUAGCUACCGUAUACCUCAACAUUCCAUCCACAAACCCUGCAACUUGCACGAGUUUGCCAUGGAGCACUUGUGCACACAUAAGCUUGACUAUAUGAAUUAGGACGACUAUAACCAUUUCCUAAAUGGCCAGAGGUCAAUUGGUGCCCAAACGAUAGAUGCCCCAGCUGAUGUAGAUGGGGCGCAUUCCGUUGCUUCUGCCCUUAGAAGUUAAGCCCCCUGAACCUCCUACGAAGCAUGACCCUGGGGCGCACCCUAAGGCUGUGGGAAAUGCGAGGCGCGGCAGCAUAUUAAGUGGCGGAGACGUGUGGGGUUCCCAGCAUCAGGUCCUCGGUAGCCAUGGCGUGUACCGGUUCUCGGUGAUCGGGGAUGCGCCCUCGCAUGUCGCUGUAACUGUGGGGGCUCUGCACACCUCAGCCCCCGCUGCAGAGUCCAGCCCAAUCACCUACUCCUCCUCAGCCGCAAGCUGCAGCAGCAACAUCGUCAGCCAUGGCAGCAACAGCAGCGGCCAAAGCAGCGGCAGCGCCUACCAAACCACAGCCAACAGCAGGCACAGCAGCCCCGAUCCCGCCGGCCGUGGUGACGUCGGCAUCGGCGGCUCCAGCACCACCACAACCACCACCGCUACCCAGCCCUCUCAAUCCCGCCGAGUAUCCAUCGCAGGAGGCGGACCGACGUCGCCUUCCCCUGGACCCAUCGCCUCCCCCGGUGUCACCACCCUGCCAGGCGUAGCGCCCCUCCCUGCUCGGUCCUAUCGGGGAUCCCUUAUGGGCAGCACGUACGGCGCUCCUAGCUCCACCUCGGGUGCAGCGCAGGGCACCAUGGGCGGCGGCGGCAGCGGCGGCAGCGCACCGCUGGCAGCGCAGCAGUCCCGGCGCUGUGUUGUGGAGCCGCUGUCACCCGUCUUUGCCGUUGGCGCCGACCAUGCCGUCCAUGCCGCUGCCGUUUCAACCAGCAGCGGCGCCAACGCCAACGCAGCCAGCAUAUCCCCGCUGCCGCCACAAGCCUACCGCAGCUCCAGCAUGGGUGCCAUGCACUUCGGCGUACCCGGCGGCGCGCAGCCCGCAGCAACCGCCUCCGCCACCGUCUCCGGCAGCGCCCCCGCUGCGGCUGCACCAGGACGCCUCAGCAUGAACGGCGUGACGCCGCUGCCGCUGCGGUCCUAUCGGAGCUCCGCGGUGGGGGGCCUGAUCACCUCUCCGGGUGCCGCAACUGACGCCGCCACCACCGCCGCCACAGCAACAGCAACAACAACAGCCAGCACAGCAACCAGCAUCAGCGGCGCAGCGCCCCUGCUGGCACGUGUACACCAACGCGCGCCAUUCGUGUUCGGCGGCCUGCCGCCCUCGCAAGCGGUGGCGGCGGAGGCGGCGGCCGCCGCGGAGGCUGCGGCAGCGGAGGCCAGCAGCAGCCACGUGCUAUCGGGCAUGGAGCUGGCGCGUGUGGCGCUGAGCACCUGCUGCGAUGCGGAGGAGCAGCUCCGAGCCUUUGCAGCGGAGAUCCCGCCGGCCGCACUUGACGCGGCUGCGUCGGGGUCCUCGGCGGCGGCGGCGGAGGGUUCCGCAGCGGCGGCGGCGUCAGAUUCCGCAGUGGCGGCGCAGCUGACGGGGCCACCGCUGCGCCGGCCGGUGCCGCCGCUUGCCUCGGCGGCAGCACCCCUGCCGGCAUCGCAACCCGCUCAGCAGCCUAACCAGGCCGGGGGCCGCAGCGGAGGUAAAGGCGGCGCGUCGCUUGCGUCACUCAUCUUCCAUCGGCAGCUGCUGGCGCCGGCUCCGCUGGAUAGAGUGGACACGAGUGGGGAGGCAGCUUCGGGCAGGGGCGUAGCUGGUGCGGCCGGAUCGGGGGCAGGGGCCGGGUCCGGGGCGCCAGUAGGGUCGCAGCAGCAGCAGCUGCCGCUGCCGCUGCACCCCGCUGAGCGGCGAGUGGUGCUGGCGGAUGUGCACGGCGGGGGCGGGUCGGGCAGGAAGACUCCAGGGGGGCAGCGGGGCGGAGCGGCGGCCAAGACGGGGACGCACAGAACAGGCGGCGGCUGGGCCAUCCUAGCCGCCGGCCGUCAGACCGCCUCCGACAGCGCCUCCGCCGCCGCCGCUGCCCUGGGCGGCGGCAACAACAACAACACCGUGGCGCCCCUCGCCGCCGCCAACGUGAUGCGCGCGGUGGCGGAGAUGCAGGAGAUGGACGAGUACAGCCUGGUGGCGGCGGCGCGGCAGCGGCAGCGCCGCACGCGCAGCAUGAGCACCCACCAGCUGAUGUCCAAUGGGGCCAUGAAGAAGGGCGGCGUGGCGGCGGGGGUGGCGUCGUUGAAGGCGCUCAUGGCGGGGCAAUCCGUGGACGUGCCGCCCCUGCAAGCCACCCGCUCCAUGAGCUCCCUGCCGCUGCUGGCGCCCCUCGCCGGCAGCGUCACCGACCCCCACAACACGGCGGCAGCAGCAGCAGCCUCAGGGGACGCGGCGGGGGCAGCAGCACCAGCAACCACCUCCGUCAGCAGCCCCAACUCCCCACUCGUACACGCCGCCUCCGCCAGCACACCCCGACUCCUCAGCGUCGCCGCCGUCGCCGCCGCCUCCGCCGCCGGCAGCCAUGCAAGCCUCAUGGGGGGUCACCCUCACCCGCAUCAGCAGCAGCAGCAGCCCCACUCGCCGUCCUCAUCCACCUCGCCAGCACACGUCGUGCACCAUGCAGCGUGGGCUUCAGCCCCCGUUGACACCGCCGCCUCCGGCGUCGCCGCCGGCGAGGGGGGUACGGUUACCGUGCUGCCGUCGCUGCGAGGACGAGACCACGGCGGCGGCGGUGGCGGUGGCGGAGGCAGUCGUAGCGGGCCCAUUGUCGUGGGCGCCGUACGAGCGCCAGGGCGCAUGGCGACGUCGGAGUACGGCGGGGGGCCGGGGUCCGCGGCUGCGGCGACGGCGGCGGCAGCGGCCGCCGCUGCGGUGGCGGCGGAGAGCGAGGCUGCGGCGGCGGCGGUGCGCGCGCUGAUCGCUCGCUUCGGCACGGUGUCGCCCCUGCCUGAGGGCAUGGGGUACGACGAGCGGGAGGCGGUGCUGCGGGAGCGGCGGCGAAAGCUGCUGGAGGCUCUCCAGGCCGCCAACCCCGCCGCCUUCCAAGAGGAGGCCGCGGAGGCGGCGGAGGCGGCCUACCGCGCCCUCUCCGAGCGCGCCAAGUUCCGGCUGCGGAGGCUGCUGGAGGUGGCGAGCACGGAGGAGGCGCCGGCACGGCAGCUGGAGAUGGCCAUGAAGGAGCUCAAUAGCCAGCGUCCCUUCUUCCUGCCGCCCGUCAUACCCAAACCCAAGGUGGAGCGCCCCUACGUGGAGGUGGAGCACAAGGUGGUGAAGCAGUCCUCCUGGACGGCUGACGACUCCAUAUUCGCACAGCGCAAGAAGGAGAACGAGGCGAGGGACCUGUACGACACGGAUAAGAUCCGUGCCCAGCAGCUUGCCCUGGACUGGAAGCGGGUGGUGGGCAAGACGAGGUUCCGACGCAUGGUGGCGCGCGGGGAUGCGGGGGUGAAAAACGACGCGCAGCCUCUGGAGAUCGAGUUGGGCGAGGUGCGUGAGGAGCUGGAGCGGCAGGCCAACUUCAUCCGCUCCUGCUUUACCUACUACAGCAUGAUGUUCGGCGGGGCGACCUCCUCCGAGGUGCUUCAGAUGGGUGCGGGCGCGUGGCUGGCCUUCUGCAACGACGCGGGGGUGGUGCAGCCGGCGCAGCGGGGGUGCACGCUGCAGGACAUGCAGACCAUCUUCGUGGCUGUCAACUUCGAGGAGGAGUCGCAGACGGUGGAGGCGGACGCCAAUGACGACGACGCCAUGGUGCGCUUCGAGUUCCUGGAGGGGCUGGUGCGGGUGGCGUUCGGGAAGUACAUCACCAGCAAACGCAUGACUGACGCCAGCGAUGCGGUGGGUGCACUGCUGGAGGAGAUAUCCGCGGCGCCCGAGCUGCCGGAGGAGGCGAGGGUGGAUCCCAAUGAGUUCAGGCGCACCCGGUUCUACACGCAGGAGGUGGAGGAGGUGGUGAAGGAGUACAUGGACCUGCUGGUGGCGGCCUUCAAGCUGUACAAGGCGCGGGACAGGGCCAAGUACUUUUGGCCGGAGCACUUCAUGGCCUUCCUGGACUCCAACCAGCUGCUGGGGCUGGCCACGGGGGUGGAGCGGCACGAGGCCAAACUGGUGUUCGCGUGGAGCCAGGCGCUGGUGACGGACGAGCUGAGGAGGCGGCAGCGGGCGGUGUCGCUCACACUGUGGGACUUCAUCGAGGCUGUAGCCCGCCUGGCGGACCUCAUCUCCCCACCCGACCACGAGGACAUCAUCGAGUACUACAUGGAACGCGACCUGGAGCCGCCCGACCUGGACCGACUGGUGUACGACUACUACCGCACGGUUGGCGACGCCGGCACCUCCCUGAAGCGCCCCUCCGCGGAGCUCAUCCCCCCCGGCGGCCCCACCCGCCCGCUGGCCGUGAAGCUGCGGCUGCUGCUUGAGUACCUGACCACCAGCCUCAAGGAGGCGUGGGGCGGGCGGGACGCCAAGGACGUGGCCAACAAGGUGGCGCGCAUGGCGACAUACCUGUCGGGGGGGAUUGAGAUGGGGUAGGGG